GCAAUUGGUCUUAAAGUUUUAAUCUGUGAUGAAAGGUGUAUUUGGGUCUAAUUAAAACAUGCAUGUUAGGUGUUUGGCAAAAUGUUCACUUGAGAAUUCAAACAAGCUUAGGCAAAGAGUGAACAAAAUGUUCAUUGAUCUAAAGUUUUUAAUCUUUAAUGAAAACGGAUUUGGUUCUUUAUUUAAUAUUUGAUAACUUUGGUGUAUGGGCGCAUCUCAACUAUUUACCAAGAUACCUGUCACCUUCCACCAGCGACAGACAGCAAGUAACUCUGUCCACCAAGACUAGAACAUAUAGGGAGAAAUCACAUAUCUAUCACCUCCCACCAGCAGUAGGUAUCAGCUCACUAGGUGGUCUUGUUUGAAUACUGCAAAUGCAAAGCUGAUUUGCUUUCUGGAGCACCACUGCGUGAAAGUAUAAACACAAUGAAGUGGCUAUCAAGGCUAGUAGUAAGUGAAGAAGUAAGAGCGUGAUGAUCGAAAAAGAUGAGGAUGCUUUCACUUCACUUCAGCUCCAAGGAUCUCUUGUCUAUUGUCAUGUGUUCUUCCACUUGGCUAUCAAAGGCCGAGCCACCGUCUACCUGGUACAAUCUUAAAUGUCAUUGUCAUACACAACAGUCAGAGCAAGAUAGAGAACGAAGACAAGCUGAUGAAGAACAUAAACGGAACAAGAACCAGAGACCGUCUAUUGGCUCUCCAGCUCGAGUCCAGAAGCUUAUUGCCUCCCAAUCAGAUCCACUCCUUGCUAAAGAAAUUUUUGAUUUAGCCUCACGAGAACCCAAUUUCCAGCACUCUUAUGCUACUUUCCACACCCUCAUCCUUAAGCUUGGCCGUUCCCGCCAGUUCUCCCUCAUGCAGUCGAUCCUCUCUUCCCUCAAGUCACAGCAUUAUUCCGUCCGCCCAUCUCUCUUUUCUCACAUCAUCCAAGUCUAUGGUGAUGCUGGCCUACCUGACAGAGCACUUAAAACUUUUUAUACUAUCCUAGAAUUCAAUAUGAAGCCCCUUCCGAAGCAUCUCAACCUUAUUCUUGAAAUUCUCGUUACUCACCGAAACUUUCUUCGCCCAGCAUUUGAUCUCUUUAGAUCUGCACAUACAUAUGGAGUUUUGGCGAACACUGAGUCCUACAACAUUCUAAUGCGGGCUUUCUGUUUGAAUGAUGAUUUAAGUAUUGCUUACACGCUAUUUAAUCAAAUGUUUAAGAGAGAAAUCAGUCCUAAUAUAGAGUCAUAUAGGAUUCUGAUGCAGGGUUUGUGUCGAAAAAGUCAAGUGAAUACAGCUGUUGACUUGUUGGAGGACAUGCUGAAUAAAGGCUUUGUUCCUGAUGCUUUAAGUUAUAGCACUCUAUUAAACAGCUUGUGUCGGAAAAAGAAAUUUAAGGAGGCUUACAAGCUUCUUUGUAGAAUGAAAGUAAAGGGUUGCAAUCCUGACAUUGUCCAUUACAAUACAGUUAUUCUGGGGUUCUGUCGAGAAGGUCGUGCUGCUGAUGCCUGUAAAAUCCUCGAGGACAUGCCAUCAAAUGGAUGUCUUCCCAAUUUGGUCUCUUAUAGGACAUUAGUUGGGGGUCUAAGCAACCAGGGAAUGUACGAUGAGGCUAGGAGUUACAUGGUGGAAAUGAUGUCGAAAGGCUUCUCUCCGCAUUUUUCUGUGGUUCAUGCGGUUGUGAAAGGUUUCUGUAACCUAGGUAAAAUUGAGGAAGCUUGUGGAGUAGCGGGGAGUAUUUUGAAGCAUGGAGAACCCCUACAUACAGAUACAUGGGAAGAAAUUGUAUCCAGGAUCUUGGAAUGGGAUGCUGCUGAAAAGAUAGGGAAUAUCUUGGAGGAAAUAACUAGAGCUGAGUUAAAACCUGAAACGAGAAUAGUGGAGGUUGGCGCUAGGUUGGGUGAAUAUUUGAUGAACAGGAUAAAAAGUAAAUCAAGGAAGGGUUGAUCUUUUCAUUGGAUAAGAAUAGGUCCUGCGAAGCUUCUCAGAACUUGCCAUAUACACGUAAUGGACAUUUACCUUGGAAGAUAGCAGAUGGACAUGACAGCUUUUGGAACAGUUUCUGUUCGUGGCGUUAGAGUUGUUGGUGCAUAAGACUUGACAAAUCAUGUUGAAGUUCUCAAUGUUAUGCGCAAGAGUGGAGCAACUUUGCAGAGACAGAAAUGCAGAGACAUGAGUAAUUUACUAAGCUGUCAUCUUAGUGUCAUGUUGGUUUAGUGUCAUCAUAUAUUAAUGUAGCUUCCAUUGGUAGUUUGGUACUAUGUUAUCAGCAGUUGCGGAGAUAGGAUUUUCACCUCGAUGUCUUCUAUAUAUGCAAUAAAGAAAAAAGAAUUUGUAUAGACAAUGUGAUUUUCUGGU